AGUCAUCUCUCUCAGCGGUCAGUUCCCAAGAACAUAUUUCUCCUUUAAAUUUUAGGUUAGGUAGAGAUACAAAGUUUUAAUUUACAACAGUGAAAGUUGUUAAUCAUUAUUAUCAAAAAUCGGGCUACGCGUACUCAUCAGGGAUUUCACGUAUCAAACGGACGUCAUACCAUUUAUACCUACAAGGAAUUGGCAUUGUUAGAAAUUCCUAUUGUGGACUUAAAAUACUACUGAAGUGUAAAAAAUUGUAAACAGUGCAUUGUGAACACAGACUGCCAGUAAGCUGUGUAUUGGUGUCGCUUGUUGAGUGUACGGCUUGAUAAGAACAGUUUUAUUUUCAGUCGUUUGUCUACCACUGUGCCGCGUAGUUGUUUGUUUACAUUCAUAUUUUUACAUCGUUUUCCUCAAAAAUGAGUUGCAAAUUCAAAGUGGACAUAGUACCAAUUGUGAGAAUUCCCAAUGAUGAACGUAUUCAAAGAUUAUCUGCAGUUUUUGGGGAACAGUUUCAACGAAAUCCAUCUUUUUACGUGCGAGUACCGGGCCGCGUCAAUAUUAUUGGGGAACACAUCGAUUACUGCGGUUACCCAGUGCUGCCCAUGGCGUUGGAGCAGGACAUCAUAAUAGCAACCGGAAUAACAGAUGCAGCGGAAAUUAAUAUACGGAAUGUUGAUAGUAAAUACGAUGAAGUAAAUAUAGAAAUGUAUAAAAUUAACGAGAUAGAACUUGAACCAGAUGCAACUGGAAAGCCGUUUUGGUAUAAUUAUGUGAUUUGUGGAAUCAAAGGUGCCUUGGAAUAUUUAAAAGUUUCUAGUAAUAACAUUUUGGAAUUGAAUGGACUACAAAUGUUAGUGGAAGGUAAUAUUCCACCGGCUUCAGGGCUCUCCAGUUCAUCAGCUUUAGUGAGCGCUGCAUGCUUAUCUUUUUUAUAUGCACAAAAUGCAACUCUUACCAAGACUGAGAUUGCUUCACUGUGUGCUAAUUGUGAGCGAUAUAUCGGCACUCAAGGAGGAGGUAUGGAUCAAGCCAUAGCAUUCCUCGCAGAGAAGUACAGCGCUCAAUACAUAACAUUUAAUCCAUUAAGUGCUUCUCCCGUAUCUCUGCCAGAAGAUGCAAGCUUUGUCGUCGCUCACAGUCUUGCAGAACUAAACAAAGCCGCGACAAACGAUUUCAAUCGACGGGUAAUAGAAUGUAGACUCGCUGCUAAGAUUAUAAGUGUUCUUGAAAGUGUUUCACAAGAUAAGAAAAUAAUCACUUUAAGUGAAGUACAAAAUAUUCUUGGCAAUUCUUUUGAUGAAAUGGUUUCUCUCGUUUACAAAUAUUUGCCUAAAGAUCUGUACACCAAAGAAGAAGUCUGCAGUAUUUUAAAUGUCACUGAACCAGAAAUGGAAAGUUCAUACUUGACCCCGAAUACGAAACAUCUCACAGAAUUCAAGUUAAGACAAAGAGCUUUGCACGUGUACGAAGAGGCAAAACGAGUCGAGGAUUUUCGUAACAUAUGUAAAUCGGGAACCAUGAACGGAAAUGGUCAUACGAACGGGUUCAACGGCAGCUGCCAAAAAAAUUACGAUGAUACUAAAGAAACUAUAAAUAUUCUGGGUCAACUAAUGUCCGAUAGUCACGAAAGUUUGAGAAAGUUGUACGAAUGCUCUCAUAGUAACCUGGACCGGCUUGUUGACUUAUCAAAACAAAUGAAUAUCCAUUCUCGCCUAACAGGCGCAGGUUGGGGCGGCUGCAUCGUCGCACUAUGUCCAAAAAAUGAAACGCAGAAAUACAUCGACUAUUUAAUUGAACAUUUUUAUGUUAACUUUUGUAAUAUCGAUAAAACCAAAGCCAAAAAAUACGUGUUUGCUACAACACCAAACUUUGGUGCAAGAAUUUUAACUGAUAGCAAUUGUACUAACAACGAAGAAGAAGUAUAACUGUAUAAAUUUGUGUCAAUUUAAAAUGUAUCACCGGUACCAAAUAUAAGUCAAUCUUGUUUAGCUGAGAAGGUUUUCUAUCUUAUUACCUAAGAAAGUUAUAAGGAGAAACAAUCAUAAAACAUUAUAAACUUUUUUGCAUUUAUGUAAUAAAAUAUAUAGUUAAACAAUAUAAUCAAAUACGUACACUAGUUUGUACUUCUAAAGCAUAACAAAUUUGUAUACCUACUUACCUUUGUAGAUGAUAAAUUAAAAGUAAAUAAGAUAAAAAUAAUUUAAGUAAGUUUCUAAACCUGCAGCUACAAGUUUGUCUUAUAAACUUCUUUGUUAUUAUCAUGGCUUGUGCAUUUUAUUUAUACUUAAGUUAAUUAAUAUUUAUUAUUAAGUUAAUUCAUACUCAUUAUUAAGUUAAUCAUUUCAUUGUUUAAUUUGUCCCAUCGAUUAAAAUAUGGAUAUUUUCUGAUAUU